UACUUAAUCUAGUGAAAGUGUAUAUGCAGUGUUUGAAAAAUGUUGUAAACUAUUGUGAUUUUUUAAACAUAAUUUAAUUUAUUCAACACAAGACAAUAUGUUGUUAAGAACAAUAUGGUUAUUUAUCAUUUUUUUUAAGUUUUGUGUAGCAUGGAUGAACGAAAGACCGGUUUUGGAAUCAAUAGAUGGCAACUUAUUCAUUUCAAGUGCUAAAGAUAAAAAUAUUACCUUAAAACCUUUGGGAAAUGGAAUUGUUAACAUUAACGAUAUUAAUUUACUCUAUGUCGCAACAGAGGCCCAAAAAGCAUCAAAAUUAAUAGAUAGAUGGAAAAGUGGGCGUUUAGCAGACAUUGAAUUUAGUAUCCAGAGAUUAUCUGAAUAUGUCGAAGGCCCCCAUGGACUUCUCCGACGACUUGAUUUAUUAACAGGGCAUGAUUCCGUUUAUUCUAAUAAUUCAAAUAUUCAUCCAACAAUAAGUACGGAAACGGAGGAGACAAGGAAUGAAGAAGUUCGUAAAGUGAAAUUAAGGGUGACAAAUUUAGGGAAAAAAAUAAGAAAUAUUGAACGAAAAUUGAGACGAAAUGAUUGUGUUAGUGAUCCAUGUCAUAAUGGUGGUACAUGUAUAGAUCUCUAUGAUGGUGUUCAGUGUCUUUGUCCAUCAAAUUUUGAGGGUCCAUUUUGUUCCAUUGAUGUAAAUGAAUGUAUGAAAUAUAAAAAUACCGAUUUGGGUUGUCAAAAUGGAGCAACUUGCAGAAAUGUCUUUGGUUCAUACGAGUGCAUUUGUCCUUCAGGAUGGUAUGGAAAGGAUUGUGUGUUAAAAUCAACAAAUUGUAGUUUACAAAAUGAUGCCGAAUUAUGUGGACACGGUCAUUGUAUAGCUGUUGCAGGAUCACCUCUUGGUUAUACUUGCCUUUGUAAACAGGGAUGGGAGGCUCAUGAUGUUACAAAUCCUGCAUGCACCAAAGAUGUCAAUGAAUGUGCAUUAAAUCAUCCUCCGUGUUCGGUAAAUCCCCCUGUUAUUUGUCACAAUAUUCCAGGAUCGUAUUUUUGUGGCAGCUGUCCACAAGGAUACACAGGAAAUGGAUAUUAUUGUAGUGACGUUGAUGAGUGUAUUUAUGACAAUGGUGGAUGUAGCAAUGUGCCUCGAGUUCAGUGCAUCAAUACAAUGGGCUCCAGAAUGUGUGGAUCUUGUCCAUCAGGUUAUGAAGGAAAUGGAGAAGUGUGCACCUAUGUUGGAGGUUGUAAAAUUAAUAAUGGAGGCUGUCAUCCCCUAGCAAUAUGCUCCGAAAGUUCAUUUAGUGGAGUUACAUGUCGUUGUCAUUCUGGAUAUAUUGGAGAUGGAAUUGCUAGUUGUGUUCCUCAUUCUAGCCCAACGGAUACAACUGGUGCUUGCGCUAGUAAUCCAUGUGUUCACGGGACAUGUGUUCCUGGAAUUGGGAAUACCUUUUCAUGUCAUUGUCAAGAUGGAUUUACAGGUAUUUCAUGUAAUGUAGCAGUCGAUCCAUGCAAUCCAAAUCCAUGUAGAAAUAAUGGAAUUUGUAAAAGAACGUCAUCCGGUAGCGUUAUGUGUGAGUGUACAUCAAGUUUCACAGGAUCAAAAUGCCAAAAAUCAAGACAAUCGUGUGGUGCAGUUUUAAGAGAUCCUGUUGGAAUUGUAGAAUAUCCCCUUGGUGGUGUAAACUAUCAGGAUGGACAAACUUGUGCUUGGCAGCUAAAAACUAAUCACAGUUUUGUUUUUAAUGUCACAUUUACUCGAUUUUCUUUGGAAUCUUCAUCCGAGUGCGCUUAUGAUUUCUUAGAGAUUCACGAUGGAGAAAGUACAAGAGAUCAUCCAUUUGGAAGAUUUUGCGGUGGCAUUGAUAACCUACCGAAUAAGGGAAACAUUAUUUCCUCACACAAUGCUCUCUAUUUUUGGUUUCGUUCUGAUCAUACAGUAGCUUCUGAGGGAUUCACUUUCACAUGGAAUGUAAUUCCACCAGUUUGUGGAAGUACAAUUAGAGCUGAUAUAGGAACAAUUAAUUCUCCUGGUUAUCCAGGAAAGUAUCCACCUCAAAGGGAUUGCUACUGGUAUAUUUAUGUUAGUCCUGGAAAAAGAAUUAAUUUACAUUUUGCUCAGAUGAUGCUAGAAGAACAUGCAACUUGCGAAUAUGAUUAUCUUGAGAUCAAUGAGACCACGAGUUACGGAAAUAAACGACUUGGUUUAUAUUGCAAUCACACUCAUCCCACACCUUUUAUAUCCUCUGGCUCGGAACUUAUUCUUCAUUUUCAUUCAGACAGUGCUGGACAGGAUUUUGGUUUUCAAAUUACCUUCUCCAGUCAAGCAGCAUCUCCAGACUGUGGAGGAGUUUUUACUCAAGAUCAUGGAGAUAUUGCAUCUCCUGGAUUUCUUUCGUCAGUCGGUUAUGGUCCAAAUUCAGUUUGUGAAUGGGAAAUCCGCCUACCGCCAAAUGAACGGAUUAAACUAACAUGGAUUGAAUUUGAAUUAGAACCAUCGUCAUCAUGUAUUUUUGAUUCUGUUUCGCUUUUUCAAGGAAAUACAGUGGAAUCUCCAUUAAUUGGCUCUUACUGUGGAAAUGAUCUUCCAGAGUCUAGGACAAUAAAUACAAAUAUUUUACUCAUUCGUUUGGAAACGGAUGCAUCUAGUCACAGACAAGGUUUUCAUUUGAAAUAUGAAACUGCAUGUGGUGGUGAAUUUUAUGAAUCAAGUGGAAUUAUACAAUCGCCUUUAUUCCCAUCAAUGUAUCCACCUUCUAAGAUGUGUACCUAUAAAAUUAUUCAACCAGUGGGUAAAAUAAUAGCACUUACUCUACAAUUUUUGGAUAUCGAAACAAUGGGCGAGGAGGCAUGUGAAUAUGAUUCUCUAAGUAUUUAUGAUGGAAUGAAUAGUAAUGCAACUCGUCUUGCUACAAUUUGUGGAAAUAAAGAUAAUAUGCAAGCGGAACCAUUUAUAACAAAACAUAAUUAUAUGUACUUGGUUUUUGAAUCCGAUAUCAAUGUACAAUAUCGUGGUUUUUCGGCUAAUUAUACGAGUUUGGAUGUUGAAUGUGGAGGAAUACAUACAGAUCCAAAUGGAAAUAUUAAUUAUCCUAUCGGUGGAGGGGAAUACAGAAAUAAUUUAAAUUGUAUUUGGUUGAUUCAUGCACCACCCGGUCAUAUUGUUCAAAUUUCGUGGUCUUUAUUUAGUCUUGAAUAUGAUUUUAAAUGCAGAAAUGAUUAUGUGGAACUUUUUGACAAUUAUGAAGUCUCUGCAUUAAAAUCUAUGGGAAAAUUCUGUAGUAAUUCUUUACCACCGACAAUGAUGACACAAGGUCAAGAUAUGACAAUAGCAUUUCGAUCAGAUUUCAAUUUGGGAUAUCGAGGAUUUAAAGGACACUAUUCAUUUGUGGAUAUUUCCAAAUCCUGUGGUGGACAUUUAUAUGCAAUGACUGGAAUUAUUAGAACUCCCAAUUAUCCUGAAAAAUAUUCAAGAUCUAUGACUUGCGAAUGGAUAAUUGAAGCUCCUAGUAAACAUCAAGUAAUUCUUCGUGUUAAAGAUUUUGAGAUUGAAAAAAAAGGUUGUUUAUACGAUUAUUUGGAAAUAAGAAAUGGUAUUUACAAUAAUUCACCAUUAAUUGGAAAAUAUUGCGGCGAUAUUGAAAAUAUUCCAAAUACAAUAAAGAGUUUUAGUAAUCACAUGUAUUUAAAAUUUGUCAGUGAUACAACUGAAGUUGAAAAAGGUUUUGAAAUUGAAUGGGAUCUCUUGACAGUUGGAUGUGGAGGUACAUUAACAGCAGCAAAUGGUGAUAUUAUCUCUCCAAAUUAUCCACAAUCAUAUGGAAGAAGUGCUUUGUGUACAUGGAAUAUUAUAGUAUCAGCUGGAAGCUUUGUGCAAAUUGUGUUUGUCGAUUUUGAGUUGGAAACUCACAACACUUGUCGAUUUGAUUAUUUAGAAAUUGCAGAAGGUAACGAUGCUAAUCGUCAGAAUAUUAAACGUUAUUGCGGUACUAAAUAUCCAAAUGUUGCAACAUUUCAAAGUAAUUUAGUAACAAUUCGAUUUAGAAGUGAUCCUUCUAACCAUUAUCGAGGAUUUCAUCUGAAAUAUAGCACUGAGUGCCAUAAUACAAUUCAUGGCAUUCAAGGAGUUAUCGAAUCACCAAACUUUCCACGAAAUUAUGAGCAUUCAACUAAUUGCACAUGGAUGAUUGAGGCACCAAUUGGUAACAAAGUAAAUGUAACUUUUUCUCAUUUUGAACUGGAAAGUGGAAGAAAGGAAAAUGUUUGUGAUAAUGAUUAUUUGAAAAUAGAAGAAGGAUCUGAAGGAAUUGCUACAAAUGUUUUAGGGACAUUUUGUGAUACUGAAAUAAUUCCACCUAAAAUUUCAUCAAAAGAGCAUCAAGUAUUUGUAUCUUUUAUCACAGAUAGUUUUAUUGCUCAUAAGGGAUUUAGACUUGAAUGGGUAGUAAGUGGUUGUGUGGAUUAUUUAACAAAACCUAAAGGUACAUUUAAUUCUCCUGGAUAUCCUAAUGGUUAUCCAUUAAAUACAGUAUGCGAAUGGUUAAUAGAAGUUGAUUACAUACACAGUGUUCAGCUGACUUUUGAUGAGGUAGUAACUGAGAAAGGUGUUAAUUGUGAAUUUGAUAAAGUUGAAAUUUACAGUGGGGGAAAUGAUAAGGCACCAAAAUUAGGUGAAUUAUGUCAUUCAUCUAAACCUGUUGUAUUCACUAGUUCAGGAAAUAAGAUGUUUGUCAGAUUUACUUCUGAUGCCUCUACUUCGAAUAAGGGUUUUAGUGCUAGAUACGAAAGUGUUAAUUUAAGAUGCGGAGGACACUUUACAUCGCAAUUUGGAACAAUUCAUUCGCCCAAUUAUCCACAAAAUUAUCCACACAAUCAAAAUUGUGAAUGGCUUCUGACCAUCGACAAGGAUCACGUAAUUAAAUUGAAUUUCACAAACUUCGAUAUUGAAAAUACAAAAAAUUGUUCGGAUGAUUAUGUUAAAGUAUUCGAUGGAGCAUCAAACACAGCCACUUUGCUUGGUACAUUUUGCCAUAAUAAAAUACCACCUACAUUGACUUCAACUGGAAAUCAAAUGUUAGUGGUAAUGAGAAGUGAUAGUUUUCUCACUGCUAAAGGAUUUAAAGCUGAUUAUCAAAGAGCAUGUGGAGCUACAAUAAAAGUAAAAGAUCAUGGUAUUUUGAGUACAUCUUCAUCUUUAUUUUUAAGAGAAUCUGCAACAAAUUGUAGUUGGAUCCUUAUUGCUGAAGAUCCGGCUGAUCAUAUUACAUUUACUUUUACUCACAUUCAAUUUCCAAGUGAUUGUGAUUAUCAGUACAUUGAGGUUCAUGAUGGUGCCAACACUGAGGGACCAUCAUUGGGAACAUGGUGUCGUACUGACGUUCCUCCACCAAUUAUUAGCAGUGGAAAUUCAUUAACAGUGAAUUUAGUGUCACUGUUGUAUAAUUCUGAAAGUUUUUUUACAGCUUACUAUUCGAGUUUAAAUACUGCUUGUGGAGGGAAUUAUACAUCAACAAGUGGUUCAAUUACGUCACCAUCUUAUCCCAAUAGUUAUCCUAUGAACGCUGAGUGUAUUUGGACAAUAAAUGUAUCACCUGGCAAUGGAAUAGCGUUAGGUUUUGCAGAAUUUAAUUUAGAAUCAAGUACACAUUGCAAUGAAGAUUAUUUGGAAGUUCGUGAGAACAAUGGAAUUGGAAAAUUGUUGGGAGUAUUUUGUUCUGAAAAUCCAGAAACAUUGGAAUCAAAUAAAACACUUUGGAUUAAAUUUAAAAGUGAUGGUAAAGGUACAGCUUCGGGAUUUAGGGCUGAUUAUGUACUUCUUCAUGGAAUGGAUUUAGAUGGACCGUCUGGUGAAAUUGCAUCACCUUUAUAUCCAAUGCCUUUGGUAUUUGAUGAAGAAUAUUCUUGGCGUAUUACUGUCGAUUUUGAAUGGAUAAUAAAAAUUGAAUUCAAUGAUUUUGCAAUUGGACAGGUUGUCGACGACUGUUACACUAAACUUGCUAUAUACGAUGGUUAUAAUGAUGAAGCUCCAACAUUAUUUUCUGGAUGUGGAUUAACGAAACCAGAACCUGUCAAAUCCAAAAGCAACAUCGUUUACAUUAAAUUAACAUCUAUGGUUUUUAGUCUUGAGUGGCAUCAUGCAGGAUGUUGGUUCUUUUUAUCAUGGCAUCAAAUUCCAAGAGGUGAAAUUGAAGAAGAGAAUCAAUUAAAGACGUUACCAAAUUGCAAUCAGAUGAUAAGUUUAACAGACCCUCGAAAUGGAAGUUAUAUAUUUUCUUCUCCUGGAUAUCCUAAUGGAUACUCUCCCAAUUUAGAAUGCAGUUGGUUAUUUAUGUCACCUGUAGGAACGCAUCUUGUUUUUCAAGCGCGAGUAAUGGAUCUGGAAGAAUCUACCGAUUGUGUUGCUGAUUAUGUUGCUGUUUAUUCUGGAAAUGCUCUAAAUUCAAAUACGGGAAAAUUCCUAAAACAGGAAUGUUUGUCAAAUAAUUCUUUUGUUACAAUACCAAGCGGUAAUGAAAUGACUGUACGUUUUGUGUCUAAUUAUAUAGAAAAUGGAACAGGUUUUGAAGCCGUUGUUUUUCGAGAAUGUGGAGGACAAAUGGAAGGACCAAGAGGAAUUAUCCAGUUUGAUAAUACAUCUUAUUAUGCUGUUCAUUCUCUUCGAUGUGAAUGGAAUGUUACAGUUAGACCUGGAAGAACAAUAGAAGUCAAAUUUCUUGAAUUGGAAAUGAUGAAUAAAGAUCCUAAAGUUUGCAAUCGUAAUUUCAUAAUGUUAAAGAAUGGAGAAUCUGCAUUUUCUCCUCUUCUUGGAGAAGGGAAAUAUUGCGGUGAUACUAUUCCUUCACCUUUAACAACAACAACAAAUAAAUUGUACGUUAAAGCAGUAUGGCUGGCAUCUUCUGCAAAAUUCAAAUUAUCAUACAGGGAAGUAGGAAUGGAUUGUGGAGGUCAAUUAACUUUAUCUGAUGAAAAUAGUUCUAUAGAAUUUUCAACACCAAACUAUCCAAAUGUUCCACCACCUUAUACUGAAUGUAUUUGGACAUUUUUGGCGCCGGCAGGAAAGAGGCUUUCAAUUCAUUUUAUCAAUGCUUUUGAUUUGACUGAUAGUGCAAAUUGUGAAAAAGAGUACGUUGAAAUUCGAGACGGUGGCACGGAAUCUUCGAAAUUAUUGGGAAGAUAUUGUUCAGAUAUUGCUCCUAGUACAAUAACUUCAGUUGAUAAUGUAUUGUAUGUACAUUUCUAUUCUGACGUCGCAGAUCAAAAGAAUGGAUUCCAAGCAGUUGUAACGACAGAUGCUAUAUGCGGAGGAAUAAUGAGAGGUGUUCGUGGUGUAAUAAGAUCACCAAAUUAUCCUAAUAAUUAUCCAAAAAAUCAACAUUGUGUAUGGUGGAUAAUUGGACCAUCGAGUUAUUCAUUAAAAAUUCAAUUCCAAGAUUUGCAUUUACCCAGUUUGCGAAAAUGUAAUCAAACUGAUCAUAUAAUUAUUAGUGAAAAAUUACCAGAAAAUAAUACGUCUACGGAAAUUGGUACAUAUUGUGGAUGGAAUAAACCAGAUUUAAUUAGAACUGCUUCGAAUGAGGCAUUAAUUACUUUUGUAACAGACGAUAAAGAAUUUAUAUGGUACAGGGGAUUUAGUUUGAAUUAUUCCAUAAGUUUUGAAAAAUGUGGCGGUGCUUUGUCCGGAAUGUUUGGUGAAUUUAAGACAUCUGGUUAUCCAAAUGGAAAUCUAAGAAGAUACUGUGUUUGGAGAAUUACAGUUCCAGAAGGUUUUCAAGUCAUUGUAGAUGUCCUUGACAUUGAAUCAGACUACAGAUAUCCAGUUAAGUUCUUCAACGAUAUUUAUCAUAUUUCGAGAAUUAAAUUUUUGAAAUCCAGUGAUCCUGAGAAACGUGUUAUUAGUUCAUCUAAUAUAAUGGUUGUUUCGCAUUUUUCACAAAUUGGACAACGUGGAUUGAAAGCUAAAUUCACAGCAGUUGCACCAGCACCUUGUGGUGGACUGAUGAAAAAUCUCAAAGGCAGCCUUUCAGUACCAAAUACAAGGCCAUUUAAUGAAACAUCCUUUUAUUGUCAAUGGAGAAUGGAACCACCAGAGGAGAUUCUUCAUUUUGAAAAUCAAACUGGUUUAACGAUGACUUUAAAAGUUUCUGGAAUUAUUGGUGAUACACGGCAAGCAACUAGAAACUGUUUAUUUUAUCAACAAUACGUAAGAGUUACAGAUCCUGAUGCUUUAAUUGCUACUGUUUGUGGUAAUCUUAUGUCAAAACCAAUGUACGUGCGUUCUCCAUCCACUUUAAAUACUGUUAAGGUACUGAAUGCAACUGAAGUAUCGCCAAUGAAAAUUAAUCUAACGUACGAAUGGCAAAAAUGUGGUGGUAUCUUAGGUGGUCCAUUCCAUACAAUUCAAACUCCAAGACUUGAAUCAUUUCCAAUAAAUUGUGCUUGGGAAGUCAAAUUUCCGGACAAUGGAGAAAUUAUAAAUUUAAAGUUUAAUUCAAUAAAUUUAGGAAGUUGCGAGAAAAAUUAUAUUAUUGUCAGAAAUGGUGGACCAAAUUCUCCAGAGUUGGAUAAAAUUUGCGGUAAUAUAAUACCGCAAAAAAUUGUCAGCUCCAGUCAUAAACUUUGGAUUGAAUUUUAUUCGGAGACCACGCCAAAUGAUUUUGAAUUUACAUUAGAUCAAAUUGGAAAUGAAUGCGGUAGUGUAUAUCGUGGUAAUCGAAAAGAAAUCUCUUCACCCAAAUUCCCAUCAUCUUAUUUACCAAAUUCUGAAUGUGUUUGGACUCUUGUGGCGGAGGCGGGUUAUCAUAUUCGACUUGAAUUCGUGGAUAGAUUUAAUUUAGAAUCUAGUACAAAUUGUGAAAAUGAUUAUAUACAGUUAUUUAAAUGGAACGAUAAUGAGAAAGGUGACAAUGAAUGGACACAAAUAGAUAAAAUUUGUGGUCGUAAUACGCCAGGUUCAUAUAAUUCGACUUCAACACGAUUGAAAGUUUUAUUCCAUUCAAAUGAAGCAAUUGAAGGAGAUGGAUUCCGAGCACUAUGGUAUCAAGAUUGCGGAGGAGUUUUUGAAGUCACUAAGGAUAUGAAAUAUCUGAAAUCACCGAAUUAUCCAAGUUCUUAUAAGAGAAAUCAAUUUUGUAACUAUACUCUUAUUGCACCUCAGAAAGAUAUUAUUGUCGACUUUAUAGACUUUCAAGUUGAACAAGGAAGUAAAGGUAAACGUGAUUGUCGCUGGGAUAAUGUGACAAUUAUAACUGAAGGUAUGUAUUAUUUUGAGGAACCUUAUGAAACUGUUUUCUGUGGAUCUGAAUUACCUGCAGUUCAAAAAUCCGUUUCAAAAAUGCAAAUCAUAUUAAGAACGGAUUCCUAUCGUCAAAUGCCUGGAUUCUUUCUGAGAUACUUUUUAAGCGAAUGCGGUGGUGAAAUAACAGAGCCGCAAAUGAUCAGUUCUCGUAAUAAUGGUCCAACAUAUUUUGGUGGAAUUAAUUGUACUUGGGUUAUUAAAGCUCCCUUAAACAAGAGAGUGGUACUUGGUUUUGAGCAAUUUUCACUUGAAUAUAGUUCAAGUUGUUCUUUUGAUAUGGUUGAUGUGUUCGAAGGAUCUUUUAUUGACGUUGCGAAACGAUUGGGAAGUUAUUGUGGAAAUUUGACUGAAAUGCUUCCAAUUAUUAAAACUACAGGGAAUGUAAUGACUGUUAAUUUUAUUUCUGAUGAAUAUAAUCACUUUGGAGGUUUUAAAGCGUUGAUUACAUUUGGAAAUAAUGAAGCUGAAGGAUGUGGAGGAAUUUUAAAUAUUACCGACUCUAUUUCCUUUAGGACACAAAAGUCUGAAUUUUAUGAUUCUUUACAAGAUUGUCACUGGACUGUAAUUACAUCACCUACUAAACAAUUAAGAUUCAUUAUCAAUUCCAUUGAUUUAAAAUUGAGUGUUAAUAAAACUGUUCGUUACGACCGAAUAUGCUCAGGAGAUUAUUUAGAGGUAAGGGAUGGAAAAUCACAAUACGGAGAAUUACUUGGCGAAUUUUGUGGUAAUGAUUCACCAGCUCCUUUGACAUCCUCUACGAAUUCAUUGUGGAUCAGACUUUUCACGGAUGGAACAAUUGUAGGAAGAGGUGUUACUGCAACAAUUGAAGCAUUUGAAUCCUAUUGUGGAGCAACGGAACUUCAUUUUAGUAACAAAACACAAAUUCUGCAAUCACCAUCAUAUCCUGAUCCAUACCCAGCAGAAAUAACUUGCAGAUGGUUAUUGUCCGAACCUAUUGGAGAAUUGGGAGUCUAUUUUAUUCACUUUACUGAUUUCGAUUUAUUAGACAACGAAGAAUGUAAAGAAGAAUAUGUUCAAAUCACUGAUUAUAACAAUAAACAUUAUAUUUCUGAAGGAUAUGGGGAAAACCAUAUUGUCAGUGGCAAACAACAUGAUCUAUUUAGUUUGACCUUGGGUAAUCUUUUACCUGAUGCUUCAUUAAAAUAUUGUGGAAACGCAAUGCCGCACGAUUUUUACAGCUAUGGAGACCAAAUAGAAGUAAAAUUCAAAUCGUCAAUUCAGAAUGCACCAAGUCAUAAAGGCUUUAAAUUUGAAUAUGGAAUAUCUAAGUGCGACCGUAAUCGAACAGGACUACAGGGAAGAUUAGUACAUCAAGGUUUUGAUGAAUGUUGGCUUACAAUUACUGCUCCACUUAAUCACACUAUUGCCUUGUACUUUAACAGUUUUAGAUUAGGAGGUUAUGACAAUUGUGAUGAAACUGCAUUACAAGUUUUUGAUGGAGGAUUCAAGGAUCAUCGAGUGAUGAGUGCAUGUGGUUAUCAAACACCUGAUCCAGUAUUUAGUACUGGAAAUUUAUUAAGUUUGCAUUCAUUCCAAACUUCUUCUAGAAGAUAUACUGGUUAUGACAUUACAUAUGUUGCUACAGAUAAAGGUCGUGGUUGUGGAGGAAGAAUAUUUAAUUUCGCCGGUAGAUUUACUUCACCAAUGUAUCCUGGUCCAUAUAGAAAGGAUGCUGAAUGUACUUGGUUUAUUAGUGUUCCUGUGGGCUUUAGAGUAGUGUUAAAGUUUACAGAUUACGACCUUGGCUCAGACGAAUUUUGCGAGUCAAACAAAAUUCAAAUAAGUAGUACCCAUAAACUAGGUGCAAUAGCUUGGUUCUACUGUGGAUCGAUGCGAGAUAUAGCUGAUAUUCAUAGUUCAACUAAUGAAAUUGAAGUUGUAUAUACGACAAGUAUAAACAAUGCUGGUAAAGGAUGGGCUAUUGAUUUUACUAGUGAGAAAAGCGAUCAAAUUGCAAAUGGUUGACAUUUAUAAAAGAUAAUCUUUUUUAUUGGCUGUUUUCUUUAUCAUCAACUCAUAAAAUUAUCCUUCUAAAAUAGCAUGUAAUGUAAUUAUAUUUAUUUAUAUUGUUCAAUUAAACUUUGUACAUUUUUGGAAAUACAGAAAAUUUUACAAUUUAAAA